UAGUAUUUAAGCAAUGAUAUCAAUGAAUAUACCAAAGAGCUAUAUAGAUCAGGUAGUUAAUUGACUACAAACGUCUAUAAAACCUAAUCGAACCUCAGGAAUUCCGACUAACCAAUUUUCUACCUACCUAGGUACAUUUAUAGAGAGUAUAUAUCCCAUACGAAGCCCGGAAUACUCCAAGACCGAAUGCGGGCACGGGACCUCAGGUCGGUAGACGAUAUCCCCAGAAGUCUCCAAGGCCGGCCCCUCCGCACUCCAUCCUAUGCAAGUGUUUAGAGGGGAACAGGACGAUCAACCGAUGUCACACAACGUCUAUUGAUCCUUUACCCCGUCGCCCACGCCCGGUCUCGCUGCCUGUCGACAUGACCUGGCUUUUAUAACGCGGGGGAGUACGUUAAGAUGGCAUCGAGCGGGAAAUGCAUUACCUCUGAUAGAAUCUACCUCCUAGGUGUUUUUUGACCUACGGUUAAUUAAUAGUAAUCAUGUUUCUAGGUCCACGCACGGCGAGCUUUACGACAUGGGGAUGUCUUCGUCUCGUUAGAUCAGCAUCAGGGGGUUUGGCCAACAACUCCGGUCGUUUAACCGUGGGGAUAAAAUGUCUAAGGGCUGGAUACGCCUCGCUUUCCCGCAGCCAGGGCGAGAGGAGAACCGUCAUCGUGACGGGUUCGAGUCGAGGGAUAGGGAAAGCUAUCGCGUUGCGUCUCGCUGCAGACGGGUACGAUGUCUGUAUAAACGAUGUACCCGCGAACCAAGCCGGCUGCGAUGAGGUCGUCAAGGAAAUCCAGAAAAUGGGCAGAAAGUCGGUUACCGCGAUCGCGGAUGUGUCGAAACGGGAUCAGGUGAAGGAGAUGGUGCAGACGAGCAUCAAGGAAUUAGGGCCUUUGGAUACGAUGAUCGCCAACGCAGGAAUCUGCCAAGUAAAAAGCGUGCUGGAGCUCAGCACCGAAGAAUUCGAGCACAUGUUCGCAGUCAACGUGUUCGGGGUGCAGAACUGCUUCGCGGAAGCCGCAGCACAGAUGAUCGCGCAAGGGACCUGCAAGCCUGAUCGGCCAGGAAAACUAAUCGCGGCAUCGUCGGUAGCGGGGUUCAAGCCCUUCGACAUGCUGCCGCACUACACAUCCACCAAAUUCGCGGUGCGCGGGCUCAUGCACUGCUACGCGAUGUACAUGGCGCAGCACCACAUCACGGCGAACGCGUACGGGCCGGGGAUCAUCGACACGGAUAUGUGGGAGCUGAUCGAUUCGCAUAUGGCGAAGCGGAAGGGGUUGUCGCAGGGAGAGGUCAUGAGGAGGAGGAUUGAGGACGAGGUUGCGUUGUCGAGACCCGGGACUGGUGAGGAUGUGGCGAAGUUGGUUAGCUUUUUGGCGAGUUCGGAUAGCGAUUAUGUUACGGGGCAGACGCAGAUUGUGGAUGGGGGGUCGCAUUAUACGUAGCUUGGUUAGGGUCGGAUAUUGAGGUUUUUAAUACCUGCCGGUUACAGUCUUGUUUCUGACAUUAGUCAACCCCUGUUAUCUAAGUAUGCUGGUGAGUGUAGGUAUUUAAGACGUCGUAUGAAUAUGAUAAGCACCUUGAGAACCUUAGGCUUUAGAUGUGAAGCUCUAAAUAACGUCAGUGGGCAUCUCGUACAUCCGUAGAUUUCUUUAGAUAUGUUGGGAUGUUUAGGCCAGAAAAGUCUUAUAAUGAAGAUAGAGUUCAUCGUAUAAGAAAGAUAUCAUGACUGAGUACGACUUCAUCCGCUAUUGGUCGCCAAGCAGCUAAUAGAAUGGCGAGCUUGCUACGCAGUGUUAUGGUUUAAUCUGAUCUUUAGACUCU